CACACACAGACAGACUUACACCAAACGGGAAGAACUUGUUGUGCGAUAAACUGCCAUAGCCCUUCUUAUAAUCAUAAGGGGAGAUCUAAAGACAAAGAGUUCGGCUUUUAUCGUGUUCCAUCGAGGAAGACAAACAGUUCAAGCCACAUUUCUGAAGUAACGAAGAGGCGAGGCAUGGCAUGUCAGCCUUAGGGAGACCAAAUCUUUCUUUCCAAAAUCGCCCUGGUCAUUCGGUGGUGUGCUCCAAGCAUUUCCUCAAAGAGAGUCCACAGCAACACAUAUGUGACCAGAAGAUGAGUUCCAGUCUGGAGCAAGAGGAACAUGAAGUCCCACACAUUAAAGAGGAGGAGGUUGAGGUGACUGUGACUGAUGGUGGAAGUGACCAAUCUGACUCUGUGAGAGACUCGAUCACCCGGCGACAAACUGCUGCUGCAGCGGAAAUCUUCACCAUGCUUGACCAAAAUAUCGUCCAGUACAAGGAGAAGGUUGAUCGGCACAGACUGCUGGAAAUCAUCUGGAAACCUCAAAUCAAACUACACAGAACAGAGCUCCCACAGCACCAUGACUGUAGGGAGGAGCAGCUCUCUAAACAGGAAGCAAACUACUCUCACGAGCAGGAGGAACCAGAACCUCCACAGAUAAAAGAGGAAGAAGAAGAAGAACCAGGACUUCUACAGUUUAAGGAGGAGCAGGAGGAACCAGAACCUCUACAGAUAAAAGAGGAAGAAGAAGAAGAACCAGGACUUCUACAGUUUAAGGAGGAGCAGGAGGAACCAGAACCUCCACAGAUAAAAGAGGAAGAAGAAGAAGAAACAGGACUUCUACAGUUUAAGGAGGAGCAGGAGGAAUCAGACGUUUCUGUUUUCGAGAAACAGGCUGAAUGUGAGGAAACGUAUCGUGAAAUAGUCAAUAAAAAACGGAAAUUAUGUCAGAAUGUGGAAACAGUCACUGAGAAGAUGAUGAUUUGUGAGACAUGUGGAAAAAGUUUCAGUUACCCGAGCCAUUUACUGCGCCACAAGCGAAUUCACACACGGGAGAAGCCUUGUUCUUGUGAAACAUGUGGGAAAAGUUUCAGUACAUGGGGUAACUUGAUGGUCCACAAGAGAAUUCACACAGGGGAGAAGCCUUAUCCUUGUGAAACAUGUGGGAAAAGUUUCAAUCAACUGAGUUGUUUGCUGCGCCACAAGAUAAUUCACACAAAUGAGAAGCCUUAUACUUGUGAAACGUGUGGGAAAAGUUUCGGCGAACAGCGUCGUUUGUUGCGCCACAAGAGAUUUCACACAGGGGAGAAGCCUUACUCUUGUGAAACGUGUGGGAAAAGUUUCACUCAACGCAGUGAUUUGCUGUGCCACAAGAGAAUUCACACAGGCGAGAAGCCUUAUGCGUGUGAAACAUGUGGGAAAAGUUUCAGUAGGUCCAGUAACUUGGUGGCCCACAAGAGAAUUCACACGGGUGAGAAGCCGUUUUCUUGUGAAACGUGUGGGGAAAGUUUCAAUCAACAGGGUGCUUUGUUCUGCCACAAGAGAAUUCACACAGGUGAAAAGCCUUAUCCAUGUGAAACAUGUGGGAGAAGUUUCAAUAGGUCUAGUAACUUGUUGGCCCACAAGAGAAUUCACACGGAUGAGAAGCCUCAUCCUUGUGAAACAUGUGGGAAAAGUUUCAGUGCAUUGGGCAACUUGACGGUCCACAAGAGAAUUCACACAGGGGAGAAGCCUUAUCCUUGUAAAAGAUGUGGGCAAAGUUUCAAUCAACAGGGUGCUUUAGGGCGCCACAUGAGAAUUCACACAAAGACGAGUUUAUUUUCUGGAAGUCCGGCUUCAGCCUAAAAUGAAAUGAUUUCAUCCUGUUCAAAGGAAAUGUUGCCGUUUCAAACAUUGUUCAUACUGUUCUUCGGGAUCUUUUCUUGUUUGUGGUUGUUUGGAAAAUGUCUAGAAAUGAAAAUAAAACAUUGAUAUGAAGCCA